AAACAACGAAGAAAAACUAUCGGGACAUGCAGAGACGAUAUGAUGAGGGUGCGCCCAUGGGAAAUACAGCGGCAAUCAUGGUUUAUCAUUGUGUAGCGUAUGAUAAGAAGGAAUGAUGAUUAACGUAAUUAUUAUGGUCUUCUGUGUUUUGUUUUUUUUAAUUAGCGUUGAAAUGAAAUUGUGGAAACAUGGUUUGAUGGCUAAAUUUGAUGGUGUUUUGGCUUUGGGGUUGGGGUGGGUCACGUGUGUCAGUCUUUGUCAACCAAUGCCUUGUCGGUCAAAACUAUGGCUGCUCUGCUCUGCUCCUCUUCUCUUCUCUGCGCUGCAGCGCCUGACGCUCUAUAAAACCACCUAACCAAAAGCCUUCCCCCAUUCCUCAUCACCUCGCUGCUUGCUUCGUUUUGCUCCUCGGGCUUCUAUUUCUUGUUUGUCUCUCUAGGGCUAGCUGUGCGUUUGUUGGCAUUGAUGGAACUGGGGCUGAGGCUGGGGGAGGCGCCGGCGGGUAGGCCCUUCUGGGCGGCGGAGCCGGCGAAGAGAGGGAGAGGGAGUCUGGGGCUCGUGCUCGGGAUGGGAUUGGGGGUUGGUCGCUGCUCGGACGAGGAGGUGCAGGAAAAUGAGGACGCGAUGGAGGAGAAGGAGAUGGAAGGGGAAGUGGAAGUGGAAGAUGAGGAGGAAGAGGAGGAGGAGAGCCGUUUCGCCGAGCCGGCACUGCAGCUUAACCUCCUUCCCCUCUUGCCUCUUUCCGGCCAGCCUUCGUCCUCCCAGCUGCGGUUCCCAUGGGCGUCCGAGACCGGGACUGUGGAAGCGUCGAUGAGAGGGUUCGACGUGAACCGGGCGCCGUCCGUCGAGGAAGCGGACGGAGGGGCGGCGGCGUCAUCGUCGCCCAACAGCACCGUCUCCUCCUUCCAGAUGGAGUUCUCCGCGGCGAGAUGCGGAGGCGGCGGCGGCGGAGAGCCGCCGGCGGAGAGGGCUUCUUCGAGAGUGAGCGACGAGGAGGAGAACGGGCUGGGGAGGAAGAAGCUCCGACUUUCCAAGGAGCAGUCUGCCUUUCUCGAGGAGAGCUUCAAGGAGCACAACACCCUCAACCCUAAGCAGAAGCUUGCUCUGGCGAAGCAGCUCAACCUGCGGCCUCGCCAAGUAGAGGUCUGGUUUCAGAACAGAAGAGCCAGGACGAAGCUGAAGCAGACGGAAGUGGACUGCGAGUACCUGAAGCGCUGCUGCCAGACGCUGACGGAAGAGAACCGGCGGCUCCAGAAGGAGGUGGCAGAGCUGAGGGCUCUCAAGACCUCUCACCCUUUCUACAUGCAUCUCCCCGCCACCACCCUCUCCAUGUGCCCCUCCUGCGAACGCGUCGCGUCCACCACCACCGCCGCUGCCAAAUCCGCCUCCGCCACGACCAACGCCAACUCCUCCGACCGGCCACAGAACUCCUUCGCCGCCCUCUUCUCUAAGCCCCGACCCUUCCCGCUGGGCGCCGCUGCCCAGACUUCUUCCGGAGCCCCUCGCCAGCCCUCGCCGGUCUCCUAAGAAGUACUCAAGAAUUCCGGCCGCCAUCCCCGAGUGGCGACCUUGUAAAUAGCACCAUUUUGGAGGGCGUUUCCGCCACUUGGCUCUUUUUUCUUCUGCUCCUGUUGGCGUAUUUUUUUUGAGCUUGGAGGGAUUUUCAUGGCGUUUCUCAAUUGGAUUUUUAAAGGAAAAAAUGGCUCUCUUUUAAAUCUUAACCAA